AUGGAACCUGGAGCCGGUGCCUUGCACAUGAGAUGUGCGGAGUUGCCAGUCGGCAGAAAUACGAAUACUCCCGUAAUAUUCUGUUUCUCAUGGCGCCUCCGUCCGUCGGGUUCAUCUGCAUUCGAGAUCAUUCGGGUUAUCCCAGCUUCUGACCCCCAAUCAGCAAGCUCGCUCCCAAUGCCGAAGGCUAUCUGGUUGCUUCAACAGAAAAUCGCCGCAAGCGUGCGUCUAUCCUAUAACUCCCAUUUGGGCCGCAAAUUGCUCGUGUCGUCUCGUACAGGCAGUGGUUUUUUUGGGUGA